GGUGCCAAAAGCAUAAUGUAAAAGGACACAUGAAAAAUAAAUUUUGUGUCUCUGUAAUCAUAAUAACUUUAACUUUUCAACUGUAUUUGGUCAUAACGUCCUACUUUACAAGGUAAUUCUAUUAUAAAAGAGGGGUAGGUCAUUAAUAGUCUAAUUAGUUGAUAAUAUGCUCUAAAUUGAUGCUCUAAAUUAUGUUACCUCCAAUAUAGUGUUCACUUUGAACUUGGAAGUAGAAAAACGAGCUUCAGAAAGCAUGCAUUUGUAUUCUUGAAAUAAAUGCCUUUGCAAACUGCAGUUUAAGGCAGAGUAGGUAUGCUUAUUAUGUUUUAAUUCAGUCGAAUUUCAGGAAAGGCGCUAAGGAGUUUACGCAAAGAGAAGCUAGAAUGGCUGGGCAUUACAGUGUGACCUCCUGAACUUUAAACUUCCACAUCACAGUAUGAAAUUGGUUCUAAGAUAAGAAAUAGAAUAAAUUUUGUGCUAAGCACAGACCGGAAUCUCUGGUUGCCUAGAGGCUGACUCAGCUGAAGAUCAUGGCAUUUGAUGGUACUUGGAAGAUUGACCGAAAUGAGAACUAUGGCAAGUUUAUGGAAAAACUGGGUAUUAAUGUGGUGAAAAGAAAGCUUGGUGCUCAUGACAAUUUGAAACUGACAAUUACACAAGAAGGAAAUAAAUUCACAAUCAAAGAAUCAAGCAAUUUUCGAACCCUUGAAGUUGUGUUUGAUCUUGGUGUCAGUUUUGAUUACCGUAUGGCGGAUGGAACUGAACUCAAGGGAAGCUGGACCCAAGAGGGAAAUAAACUUGUUGGAAAAUUCAAGCGAGUAGACAAUGGAAAGGAGCUGAAUACUACCCAAGAAAUUAUCGGUGGUGAACUAGUCCAGGUGAGUUGUAAAAAGACUAUAACUAUUUCUCAAAGGCAAAAAUAAUUGCUUAAAAAAAAUUAUUUUUGCAGUCGUUGAAUUAUAUAUAUAUCUUCAGGACAUAGGCAGUUACUUGUUUUUUCUUAAAUCUCACUAAUUUUAAAAACAGAUAUUUUCUGAUGCCGAUUUAUUGAAGAGAACUUACAUAUAUGUGGAAGUCACAGAUGCCUGUCUUACCUGAGAGUGUCAAUGACUAGAGACCAAAAUACUUUUUAAAUAGGUGUAUCCUAUAUGUAUAUAAAAUGCUACUAUCUAGUACAAGGAAAACAUACUAUAAACUCAUUCGAAAGCUAUAAUAAUGCUAAUAUUUUUCCUAAUUUAACCUUAAAUCUUCAUGGCAAAUUCUUCUGUUUGUUUACACCUUCCAGGCUUACAUAUAUGAAGGAGUAGAAGCCAAACGGAUCUUUAAAAAGGAAUGAACAUUGUUCUUGAAACACAGCCCAGAACAUAAAUCAGCUAGAAGAUGUGCCUGAACCGACGUUCUCUCCCCAUCCAGCAUACGUGACUAACUUAUCAGUCUUUUCAUAAAUAUAUAAGCAUUUAAUUGGUUAGGAUUGUU